AGCUACAACAACAACCUGUGUAAAUAACAACAACAACAAAUUUUCAAGAAUUACUUUUCUAUGAAAUUUUGUCAGUACAGAUUUAGACAAUGUUGAGCAAUACAUAUCAUUAUGUGGCUGGAACCAUAUAGGAUGUGUUUCUAGCUGGUAUCCAAAGAGAGAUGUCGGAAAUAAACACAUACACUGAGGACAGUACUGUGUUACAUCUCAACUAUUCUGGAAUCAAGAAGCUCAGUGAUAAAGACUUGCUUACAAAAUGCUUUCAGAAAGCACAGUACUUGUAUCUGAAGAGAAAUUUGAUCAAAACUUUGCCAAGAAGUGUUAAACAGCUGACCUCACUUCAACAGAUACACUUGGAAGGCAACAGUCUUGAAUGUCUACCAGAAGAAAUUGGAGAUUUGUACUCUUUGCAAGUGUUAAAUGUUGUUUCUAACCACUUGACACACCUGCCAGGCUCCAUUGGCAGACUGAAAGCACUAAAAAAACUUCAGAUAUCAAAUAACAACUUACAAUGCCUGCCAAAAGAGGUGGGAAAUCUGCUGGGCUUAGAGACAUUAGAGGCUUCAAGUAAUCAGUUAACAAGUGUUCCCAUCAGUCUGGCACAUUGUUCUGAACUGAAGCUACUGGCUCUCGACAAGAAUAGGUUGAAGUUGUUUCCAAGGCAACUGUGCAGAUUGCAGAAACUCACAGAGCUAUCUUUAGCAGGAAAUUUGUUGGAAUAUCUCCCACCAUUGAUAUUUGAAGAGUUAUCAGCAUUACAUUUUCUUGUGAUUGAUCAGAAUCCAGGAGUAACAGCAUAUCCUUCACACCAGGGUGAUAUACAUGUCAGUCACUGUGGAUUAAUUCCCAAAGACACUGAGGCAAAUGACAGAUUAAAACAUUUGGACAUUCAAGGGCAAAGAAUUUCUAUGCCAGAGGAGUUUGAAGAGCUGUGUGAACCUGGCAAGAGUUGUGUACCUUGUCUACAGGAAUUGUCUCUAAGAGCUGUACACCCCAACCUGAGUUCAGAAUUUGUCAGUGUAGGGGAAUUAUUACCAGUUGAUCUUACAGACAGACUGAUGUACCCAACAAGUCGAUGUCUUUACUGCAUGAAAAUGUUGUUCAGAUCUGCUUUUCCAGUAAUUUACCAGGAAUCCAACAGAACUGUUCUCACCUCAGCAUUUUGUUGUUCAGUCAAGUGUAUUACAGAGACUCAGGUAUCCAUUCAAAAUCAACUCUUAUUUCCAGUUUGUGUCAGCUGAUAGGAGGGACAAUCCAUUCAAUGGUUACAACAUAACAUUGUCAGUGCCGGCACAUACUGUGAUUAAAGAUAAUCAGCAACUUAAAUUACUGUAACUGUUCUGUCAGAGAAGAAGUAUGCAAAGUUUUAGAUUUGUGUAACUGAUAUCAGAAAUUUUGGCUAGGGUGUUAAUUAGAAGAAAUUAAGAUUCGGUAAUGCUAAGUUGUUAAAAUUCAUUUUUGUUGAGCCUGCUUGUGGAUGUGAAGACGUAGUUGUCCAAAUGGCUGUUCGGUGUUUGUGCUUCAGUGUGAUUCUGCCUUUGCGACCAGUAAAGAUCAUGAUCAGCCUGCACAUCCAUACAGUCUGAUCAUGAUCAUCGCUGUUCGCCAUUCAGUCAGUAUAUUUUUGGUAAGCACCCUUUUUAACAGUUAAUGGACUUGAAAGAUGGACAAGUUCACUAUAGAAAUUUAGCAAAGUAAGGGUUAAAAGAUAGAGAGGGCCAUCUAACUGUAAAGAGAACAAUAGCUUCAAUCCAUUAACAAUAGAUUUUAGGGCCAGGGCCCCCUAUAAAACAAAAGAUAAUAACAAAAGAAAUGGGCCCCUAUAUCAUUUCGGUGGUCCCUCCGUCCGUCCAUCCGGAUUUGUUUGUCUGGAUCAUAACUUUGACAUGCAUGGGGCAAUCUUGUUUAUAUUUGGCAUGAAUGUUAACCUCAGUGAGAUAUAGUAUCAUGCGCAAACCCCAGGUUCCUAUCUCAAAGGUCAAGGUCACAGUUGGAGAACAAAGGUCAUGUCAGAUCUUGUCCGGCCCAUACCUUUGACAUGCAUUGAGGAAUCUUGAUUAUAUUUUGCAUGAAUGUUUAACUCAGAGACUGACUGUAUCUCAAAGGUCAAGGUCACUGUAAUGGGUCAAAGGGUGGGCUCGACAUGUUGCCUGUGGGCAUCUAGUUUGAUGUACCUUUCUAUUUUAUGAGAAAAUUCAGCAUGAUUAAAUGUAACAGAAGCAGUUGUCCAAUUGCAAAACAUGCAAAAGUAUAAAGAUACACUAUGAUGAUUUUGAUACAGCCGGUAAUACAGUAAGGUGAAUUGUACAUGUACAUUUAUUUAAACUUGAAAAUAUAAGAGACUUUUGCACAGUAACUAAUCUUAAUUAAGGUUUCGAAGGAGGCCUUGAGAAACAAAAAUCAAACAACACCAAAUCAUAGAAAGAAAGAGUUGUUUGACAUGAAAAUUGUACAGCGUGUAAAACAUGUAUAUUACUUUACGAAACAAGUGUCAGUAUACUGAUAUAAACUUUGAAUUCCAGAAAAUGACUGCCUAUAGGGGCCCCACUUCUGGACAGUCAAUGGCCUUUAAAAACUCACCAUUUUCAAAGAACUGUUACACAUGUUCAUUUUGAUGCAUUUGCAAUAGCGUGCGAGUGGUGAAAUUUUGCAUAACAAGGUGGAACACAGUUUUCAGCAAUUGUUUAUCUUUAUUUCUUUACAAAUGGUAUUCAUUUUCAAAGGGAGACAACUUUUUCCGAUUAUUUUAAGUACAAAUGGCAUUCAUUUUCAAAGGGAGACAACUUUUUCUGAUUAUUUUAAGUAAUCGUCGAGAAAAAGUUGUCUCCCUUUGAAAAUGAAUACCAUUUGUAAAGAAAUAAAGAUAAACAAUUGCUGAAAACUAUGUUCCACCUUGUUGUUGAAAAUUUCACCACUCGCAUGCUAUUGCAAAUGCAUCAAAACAUGUGUAACAGUUCUUUGAAAAUGGUGAGUUUUUAAAGGCAUUUGACUGUCCAGAAGUGGGGCCCCUAUAGGCAGUCAUUUUCUGGAAUUCAAAGUUUAUAUCAGUAUAUUGACACUUGUUUCGUAAAGUAAUAUACAUGUUUUAUAUGCUGUUCAAUUUUCAUGUCAAACAACUCUUUCUUUCUAUGAUUUGGUGUUGUUUGAUUUUUGUUUCUCAAGGCCUACUCCGAAACCUUAAAUAUGAAGUUUAUCAGUUUUUAGAUAACUGCAGAAUUGAGAGAUUUUUGUUAUGCGAUUGUACACAAUGGGUUUGACAGUCAGUAUUUUGGUGUAUGUACAAACUCUUAUCUGUAUUUAUAGUCAUGUAAAGUUUAAACAUUAACUUGAUUUAUUUGUGUUUUGUUGGGUAUUAAAGGUGCUUAUGUGAUAUCUAGAACAUUAUUUUAGAAUCAUGUUUACUGUUAAUUAAAGUCACUUGAACCAAAGGUUCAGGGUGAGCUAUUAUGAUGGUGCUGUGUCCAUUGUCUGUUGCACAUAGAUCCACUUGGCCCUUUUUAAGGAUUGCCAAAGCUAAAAAAUGAUAUACAUUUAAUUAACCUUUUGUCUUGAAUCACUUGAUGCUUCAAACCAAAAUUUCUUCACAAAAUAUGGUCUAUAGUAUCCAUAUUAAGUCUUUGAGAUGUGUCCAAAUUGUUUCCCAUAACCCUUUUCUGGGGCAGGCAUAGCUGAAUGUAAAAUAACCUUUAAAGAACCUCUCCUUAUGAUAAGCUUGGUGUUAUCCUAAGUGAUACAGUGUUUUGCGACAUUAAUAAAAGACGGUUAGCAUUUUUAUGCAGAGUUCCAUAAAGAAAACAAAAUGAAUUUAAAAGUCAACAUUUGGACACGUGUAGUUAUUAUGUCUCCCACCACACAGUGGUGUGGGAGACAUAUUGAUUUACUCCAAUCUGUGUCUGUGUCUGUCACAAAGCUUGUCUGCACUCUAAGUCGAACAUUUGUCAUCCGAUUUUCACCAAACUUAAACAAAAUGUGUUUGACCACAAGACCUCGGCCAAGUUCGAUAACUAGCCAAAUUGGUCCAGGCGUCUUAGAGUUAUGGCCCUUGAAUUACCAAAAAUCGGUCUUUUUACUUUUGUCCGCACUCUAAUUCGAAUAUUUCUCAUCCAGUCUUCACCAAACUUAAAUAAAAUGUGUUUGACCAUGAGACCUCGGCCAAGUUCGAUAACUAGCCAAAUCGGUCCAGGCAUUUUGGAGUUACGACCCUUGAAUUAUCGAAAAAUCGGCCUUUUUACUCAUGUCCGCACUCUUAGUCGAACGUUUCUCAUCCGAUCUUCACCAAACUCGAACAAAAUGUGUUUUGACCAUGAGACCUCGGCCAAGUUUGAUAACUAGCCAAGUCGGUCCAGGCAUUUUAGAGUUAAGGCCCUUGAAUUAUCGAAAAAUCGGCCUUUUUACUCUUGUCCGCUCUCUAAGUCGAACAUUUCUCAUCCGAUCUUCACCAAACUUGAACAAAAUGUGUUUGGCCAUAAGACCUUACCCAGGUUCGAUAACUAGCCAAAUCCGCCCAGGCACUUUUGAUUUAUGGCCCUUGAAUUACUGAUUGGAUCCACUCAUCCAGACCAUCUAAUUGGAUCCACUCGUCUAAAACAUCUAGAGUUCCUAGUUGCUUCCUUGAUCCCAUGGACAAACCUUAUGAAAGCAAAAGGUCAGUGUCUUGCAUAGGGUUAUGUGAAUAAAACUUUUGAAACUCUUUCAAUUUGAAAGUGAAAAGCUCAGAUACAUGAUACAUCACAUGUAGCAGUAACUUGUGGAAAAUACCAUAUUUUAUUCUGGCAUGCUCAAUGGGGCCAAAUUUUGUGUUGUCACAAGGGUCAAUGUUUUUAAAGUUACUGAAGAAAAACUUCAUUUAUGUUCCAGAUGAAGCAGACUUGAAAUACAAGUUACUUAUUAAUAGAUGAAACAUUUGCAUGUGGUCUGUAACCACUUUGUUUAAGCUGUGUCCCUUUUGCCAACAUUUCAGGUUCCUGUGGUUGCUACAGGGGUCUUUGUUCUACCUUAACUUAAAAAAAUCUUCUAAAAGUACAAGGGUUUUCAUUUUACAAAUCUCAUGGUUUUUUUUGCUUGCUGAGGUGAGCACCUAAGGCCCAUUUUACACUCUUGUUUUGUUUACCUUUUGUUUUAAAAACAAUGUGAUUUAUUCAAUUAAAUAUGUUUUACCUGGAA